AUGCCCGCGACGCAUUUAAAAAAUGGACCAUUUAAAUAUUUCUGGCAGCAGGCGACACUUACUUAUUCCUCCUCCCCCCAUGUUACCCCCCCCUCCCCAUCCAACAACCAGUUAGUCGUCCUCUGCCAUACCAAACUCUUUGGAUUCUGCCUCCUACAUCUGCUGACGGUAAAUCUCUGUGCGUGGUUGGACGCCUCCCUGGAGAAGGUAACCAGUAGUCUGACGGGCCACGGGGUCGGGGAGGAGAACCAGGGCUGGGUGAUAUUCCCCCUCACCGGCUACCUCCUGCCCUCAGUCUCCGAGUUCUGCGCCAUAAAUGCUGCCGUCUUCUUUGAGCUCCUCCAGCGUGUUGGAAAGAAAAGCCUAAUUCACGUGGACAAACACGUGAGUUUUCACUUUGAUGCGGCAAAAACACAGCGUGGUCCAUUUCAGCCAGUCUUAACAGCUUUAAGCAAACUUGUGCUGGAAGGAGAAUUUGAGCUAGUACUAUUAUAUUUGUACAUUUUUUUGCCGCAGUGUCAUUGA